AUUUCUCCCUUACGGACGUCUUUAUGACGGAAAAUGUAUUCGGCUACACUCAUCAUUUUCAGCGUUGCAACUGCUCACGCCGGUGUCGUGUAUCCGGUUCUGAUUGAAAGCAGAAGCGGCAACUCAAGAGGCGCUGUUCAACUUUCUAAAGACUACGUCAUAGACUUGGAAGACUCCAGUGUUUUAGGGGACAGCCUGUAUUUUUCCGAGGCUAGGUAUGGAGAGGUGAAUCACGAAUUGAUGGAUACUACAGACAUACGUAAUAGUGUUUAUGAAAAUUCGGAACACAAAGCUUCCUUUACAAUUACUGAAACUGAUGCGGGAAUUGAAAUGGAAGGAUACCUAAACUUUACACAUGGAAUUGAGCCAUUGCGCAUACAUGACAAAUCCGGCCGCAUCCCUCACAGAAUAUUUCCGCUUCCGACGCCUGAGGAGGCAAUCCACUUGGAAAUUCCCGUUGAAGAACGUUCCUUUGAAAGCCUACUGCCAAAAAAUGAUAGUGCAGAGCCACCCACCGUGUGGCGACCUGAAAUGUACGUCAUGUUUGACAGUGUAAUACACAAGUCCCUCAACGAAAGCAAAUAUCUACAGACUCAAUACAUCAUAAGGCUAAUGAACAUCGUGAAUGCAAUCUUUAAGACGGUUCGCAAGCCCCAAAUAAACCUCCAGCUUGUUGGAAUAUUCGGGUUCGAGACGAAAGAAGAUGAGUAUUUCAUUGUGGAGGAAGACAAUAUAGUCUUAUCGGGUGAGUCACUGAAAGCCUUUGGACGAUUCACCAAAAACACCACGUUCCCAAGGACUGCCGAUUUCUACCUUAUGCUCGUUGGGCGCAGCUUAGGGAGACGUAACAAGAACACUAACAAAUUAUCUUCUGAUGUUAACGGUAUCGCCAUUGCCGGAAUGGUCUGCGUGAAAGGCUGGAAUGUGGGAAUUUCCGAGCAUGAACCUCCUGUAUACUAUAGUUUCACCACAAUUGCCCACGAAAUUGGGCAUUUGCUCGGGAGCGAGUACGAUGGAAGUGGUCCCUUGAAAUAUAUCCCGAAUCAUCCUGGUGCUGUGGACUGCAAGUUACCAAACAAAUACAUUAUGAAACCUAAAGUGCCUCAUGGACCGCCUUUCGCGUUUUCGAGUUGUAGUGAGGUGCAGAUGCAAUUUGUUUUGAAGCUACGUGGCGAGAAAUGCUGGAAAACACAAUCCAACUAUGACUUUUUUAACGUCACCAAGGAGGUUGCGGGCAGCGGACUCACACCGGAGAUGUUCUGUGAACGCAUUAAUCCGGAGCAAUACUCUUCAGCCAGUAUGGAGAACUGCGUCAUAACGUGCCGUAAUAAUGUGACCACCAAUAACGGUUACUUCCAAAUAAAGGAAAAAACCCACUUCGCUCCAUUCGGCUACCCAUGCGGGAAUAAUGGAGAGCGGUGCUGGUUCGGAAACUGCACAAAUAUUGAUAGUGAGGUCUCUUAA